AUGUAUCCCACAAAACCAACUAUCAAACUUCCUGCGUCCUACGAAACGCUAAACCUGCCCCAGAUCGAAUUAUCACAUCAUCCGCACGGCGCAAAAGCUGUCACGCCAGUCGUGAUCAUAAUAUUAAACAGACCGGAGAAGCACAAUGCGUUUACACCGGACAUGGCCCGUAGCCUCGAGGAGGCCUUUCGAAUGUUCCACCUUGAUGACAGGGUGAAAGUGGUGGUCCUGACAGGGGCCGGUAGGAUGUUCUGUGCAGGUAGAGUUGACACUGACGGACUGACGGACAAACUCACAAUUAUCUGUUUUAGCGGUGGCCGAGUUGCAGUGGCUAUGCACCGGUGCCAAAAACCGACCAUCAUCGCACUUCAAGGCUCUGCAGUCGGCGUGGGCAUGACCAUGACACUCCCUGCGGCCAUUAGAAUCUGCCACCAAAAGAGCAAAUACGGUUUCGUCUUUACCAGACGCGGGCUGCCGCUCGAAUCAUGCUCCUCAUAUUUCCUGCCUCGUCUGAUCGGCCUGUCUCGCGCCAUGUUCCUGAUCACCACGGGCGGAGUGUACCCCCCAGAACCGCGAUAUUUCGGUGAUCUGUUCACAGAGGCGCUCCCAGAGGCGAACCAGGUGCUGCCGAGGGCGUUGGAGCUGGCGACAGACAUGGCUGACAAUAAUAUUGAUUAUAUCGUUGUAGCGAUCACCAAGAAGGCGUCAAGUCUUUCUUCGAGAAGAGGAAACCCGAGUUCAAGGCGGAUCUCCAAGGGAACUGGCCACGGAACUACCCAUGGUGGUUUGAGGCAAACAUUGAGCGGGAGCCAAAGGGUGAAAAAGAGACUUCUAAGCUAUGAACUCUUUCUUUCCGGGAGUUUCUGUGCUUUGAGUUCAAAUAACCGUUGGCCGCCGAAAAGUACCGACGCUUUGAAUGCUAUGGUUGCAACAAAUUGGUGCAACCCUGAAACUACCCCAGAGACGUAUGAUUUGCAGCCUCGCGAGGCUCUCAAUACAGGAAACCUGGAGUACUACCAAAAGUGUGAACACACUCUGGGCCCUAGUAUACAGACCAUUUCUAUGUUUGACAAGAUACGAGCAAUCCUUACCAUUGCUUGA